AUGAAUCACAUUGUGUGGAAUUCUCCUUCGACUGAAUCAUUCGAGUCUGAUUGGGCUAGUUUUAUCAAACACUUUAAGUUAGGCCAGAACAGAUGGUUAGCAGGCAUGAGGAGUACACAGCGUAGUGAAAGUAUGCACGCAUUUUAUGGUGGAUACUUGCAUUACAAGAGUGGGUUGGUUCAGUUCGUCCAUGAAUACGACAAUGUCCUUGGAACCAAGGAGCAAAAGGAGCUGGAAGAUGAUGCUGCGGACUCGAAAGGGGUCAUCCCGUGUAUAGGGAGCACGGGCAUUGAGAGACAGUUUCAGCAGGAAUACACCAGUAGUAUGUUCAGGAGUCUUCAAGUGGAGGUAAGAAAAAAAACCGAUUGCGUGGUUCGAUCAAUUGAACAAAAGGGAGAUACGAUUUCUAUUGCAGUGGACGAGCAGAAGGGUCAGUGCGAGUGCAACAAUUUUGAAUUCGUUGGUAUUUUGUGUUGCAACAUCCUUGCGGUCUGGUCAUACUACAGAGUUGACAUUGAACCAGGCUGCUAUGUUCUUCUUCGAUGGAGUAAGAAUGUCAUCCGCAAGCACACUUACAUCAAGAGUAGCCAUGACGUGGCUCGGAGUGAUGAAAGCAACAAUUUGUUCAGGCAUAUGUGUUCAGAGUUCUAUAAUGUUGCGCAGGAGUUUGUUGCUUGUGAUAAGGAAGCAGCCAUCUUAAUACCGUUCCCACACAGAGCACAGGCGAUGGAAUUGUACAUGACAUACAGGGACCCUCAAGAGUCAAAACCAAAGGACGGCCUAAGGGAUGAGGUUGACCUUCCGUCAGAUAAUGAUCAUCAUGGGCCCCUUAAUAAAAGAAUUGAGGAUUCUACUAUGUGGAACUCAUCGGAUGGUGGCGGAUUCAUGCACCUGUUGAAUUCUUUUAGGCAUAUAUAG